GGCGACAGGGUAGCCAGCAGUAAAUAUGGCGGACGAACUGCUGGAAACAGCACAGAGACUUCAUUCCCGGCUCCGGGAGAAUCCGGAGCCCCGAAAGCUACUGAAAACUCUCAGAAGACUGGGGGAAUUUCCUAUGACUGUGGACAUACUGGUGGAAACUGGGGUGGGAAAAACUGUGAACUCUUUUCGGAGACAUGAAGCAGCCGGAGAAGUUGCAAAAAGCCUUGUGGCCAAAUGGAAGAAACUGGUUCCUCAAUCUGCCGACAGGUCUAACACCCACACCAAAGAGGCCUCUCGUUCGUAUGCACAUUCUCGAGGCGAUGGGCACAGGCAUCCCCGAGAGCCCUCACCAGAAGAAGAGCGCUCUUAUGUGGCGGAGGAGGAGGAGGAGGAGGAAGUAGAACAAGAAGAGGAGGAGGAGGAGGAAGAAGAAGAAGAGGAGAGAGGUUACCACACCAAUUACUCACCCUCACCACCUCGACACAACCAGUACAGCCCCCCGCAGCGAGCCGGAUACCACUCAGAUGAGUACGAGAGCCCUGAGCCUGAGCCUGAACCCGAGCCCGAGCCCGAGCCCAGCCCUCCACCUCCCUCCCCUCCUCCUCCUCGCAAAGAGGUACGCCAUGCCAAACCAAACAAGGACCCCGGUAGGAAUCAUCACCACAGCAGGGACAAAGAUGAGGAACGGCGACAACGUCACGCACAGACGAGUGCCGAUCGAGGAGGAGGCGAGGGGAAGAAGCGGGAGAGGCAGCAGAGUCCAGUCCAUAAAUCUGCCAAACACAGCAAGAAAUCGACCUUGCAGGACAGCAGGAGGGAGGAGAAGAAGAAAGGAGGCGAUGAUGGGUUAAAACGAGCGCCGAAGGACUCCCCAUCAAAGGAGGAGGAAGACGAUUUUGAGACGCCCACCAUGUCUUUUGAGUCCUUCCUCACGUACGACGCCCCAACGCCUGUCAAGAAGAAGAAGAAACCAUCACAGCCUCCCCCGCCGUCGUCGUCAUCUUCAUCGCACAGUCGCCCCUCUCAGUCUUCCUCCUCCACAUCAUCUUCCCAUCGCAGCCGCACAUCUCCGCCCGUCUCCUCCUCCUCCUCUUCCUCCAAGACGAGCAAAGCCAGCAAGGCGAACGGUGCGCAGAGCAACAAGAGGUCACACUCAGGCUCCAGUUCAUCAGCAGCUGGGGCAACAUCAGAGAAACGCCGCAGGGUUGUUGAAGCUGUUCCGACUCUCCCUGAAAUCCCUUUGCCGGCAAUUCAACCCAACUACAGACCUCUGCCCUCAAUUGAUGUCACGCCGCUCUCCCCUCAGAGACGCAAAGUUCCUGCGUACAACGACGAGGACAGCGCCGGAUUUACAGGGAAGCGAUUCAACUCCAAGAUGGUGGUUUACUCAGGCUCCAAGACGUCCUACCUGCCCAGGAUGAUGACCCUGUACGAGCAGUGUAUCCGCGUGCUGCAGAACAACAUCAACUCCAUCGCGGAGGUGGGAGGGGUCCCCUUCGACAUCCUGGAGCCGGUCCUGGAGCGAUGCACCCCAGAGCAGCUGUACCGCAUCGAGCAGAGCAACCAGUGUUUCACUGAGGAUUCGGACGAGCUCUGGAUGCGUCACUGCAAGCGUGACUUCAAGCGGGAGACUCCUCAGGAGUACGAGUCCUGGAGGGAGCUGUAUCUGCGGCUGCACGACGAGCGCGAGGAGCGGCUGAGGAUGCUCACGUCCCACAUCUCGUCUGCGCACGCCAACAAGCCCAAAGGACGGCAGGUGAAGAUGGCGUACGUGAACUCUGUUGCCAAGCCGCCGCGUGACGUCCGGCGCCGGCAGGAGAAGUUUGGCACCACCAGCGGCUCGUCGGCCUCCUCCAUCGCUGCUGCCGCGCCCAUCAAAAUGAGGCCAGCUCCAGAUUAUUCUGGUGAAUCCAGCCGCCUUUCCUCAUCCCAGGAGAGCCCGUCUCCCAGCUCAUCCCGUUCCUCAGCACCAGGCGGCGGCGGCGGCGGCGGCAGCGGAGGAGGACACGCUGCCCGCGAUAAGCCACAGGUCAAAAAAAUCGCCCCGAUGAUGGCCAAAACUAUCAAAGCAUUCAAGAAUAGAUUCUCCCGUCGAUAGUGUGAAAGAGACUGAAUGUAUUUUAUUGAAUUCCAACUGUGUUUAUAAUUUAAUUUUAGCAGCAUUUUACUGGAGGUCCUCAAAACCUACACACACACACACACACACACACCCUACCUACCCAACAUGCCAGACGAAUUCACACGAUUCAGUGAAAAUAACGGUUGCUUUUUUAAAUCACGAAGUGUCGACUCCUGUCACGUCCGCCUUUAGAAAAUGGACGACCAUGAAUUCUGUUACGUCUCCUUGCUUUUUCAGCAGACUUGUUUAAUGACGUCAAGUCAAUGUUCAGUGUCACAGGGUUCAUUUCUCGCUGUAUUUCUCCAGCAACUCACAAACGUAGACUAAAGUAAAAACUGGAAAUGGGCGAACAGAACACCGACAGAAGCACGCUUCACAGCCGGGAGAGUAAUACCAUUUCUUAGAUUGAUAUUUAUUCUUUAUUAUUUAAUUGUAGCCCUGAGCGGUGACAGCCACAACAUAAAGUGAAAUACGAUCGCACUCAAUUUAGAUGAUUUCCAGUUUGUUUGUUUUUUUUUUUUUUUAUGUCUUUGAUGGGAAAUGAUUGCAACUGAGUUUUAAAAGUAGAAAUGCAGAAAUGUUACACCUGACCUCGAAGAGACAGGCGUGAAGAUUGAGUGGAAAAAAAAAGAAGAAAAAAAAAAGAAUAUCCUUUUUUUUAAAGGUGCCGGCUAUGGUCACUUUCUCAUGUGAAGUGACAACAAUACUGAUCUUCUGUUUUUACACUUUGUUUCCUGUACAUUUUACCGUGUGAGACUGUGAGCUGUGGAGUUAUCGGCAGGAAGACUUCAGCAGCUCCGAGCUCUCUGAACUGAGUCCGAUCACUUGUUUCUUUUUGUUUUCAGUCCUUUUUCCUGCUCGAUGGAGCUUGAAGAGUUUUACCGAUCGACUCGUUUGUUUUUCUGCUAGAGAGUAAAUAAGAAUUUUCCGAAAUUUCAAACUCGUCCUUUGAUUGAAAAGGCAGAGAUUUUCGUCAUUUGCUCCUUUCUUUUAUGACCAAAUGAUAAACUACAUUGAAAGGCUAUAAAGCCUCCGUUGUUCUUCGUACGUUGGUGUCUUGCAUGGUGCUCCUCCUGACACGCUGACCGGCUGGUACACAGCUCUGGUCUCCUCUUCUUUCUUUUUUUUUUUUUAAACAAACAGAUGGUUUUUCCUGGUGUGGUUGUGGAAGCCUCACAUGGUGUCGAUGAACUACACGCUCACACAAACACACAUCAUAGACUCGUUUCCUCCCUCCAGUGGCUUCAGAUCACCUUCUUUCUGCUGUUGAAUAUGUGUCUCUCUCUCUGUGUGCUUCACUGUGACAGGCAGGAUUGAGGGAGGGAUGAGAAGUCUGUAUGAUCAAUAAGGAAAGAAGUCAAUAGGAUGUCUGCAGCUUCAUUUCAACCUGAUGAGAGAUAUAUUUAUUUUCAACACUGGGACCUUGGAACCCCACAACAUGGGCCCGAAUGGAAGUAGAAUAAAAAUUGUAAUUUUAUUAGAUUUUAAUAAAUGUUAUAUGGUCAUUUUUAUUAAAAUUGACUUU